GGAUAGUCUUCUUACAUGUAGUGAAGAGUCACCAAAUUCAAGUUCAAGUACAAUCAACCAGCUAAUCAGUCAGAUUGUCUAAGUUUGGGUGAUUAUUUGCGGAGUAGUCUUGUUCGCUUAAUUUGAUAAAAUCACACCUAUUGAAUUUUCCAUCGCGGCAUCAUCAAUUUCCGAGUUUCGUUGGUUUCUCGGUGUGGAAUCAUCAUUAUGUCCUUUCGUGGAAAACCAUCUAAGGCUUGCGAAAGAUGUAGAGCUCGGAGACUUAAGUGUGACCUUGCACCCGUGACUUGUGGCUCAUGCCUCAGAGCCAAGGUGAUUUGCACUGGAUAUCGGGAUACCGAAAAGCUCCGCAUUAGAGAUGAAACCGAUAGCCUACAUAGGAAAGCGGCGGGUGUGCGUCGGUGCAUCAAUGGAGACGAUGGACGGCAUUUGCUAGUGUUGAAAGUAGGAUCCGCCAAUGCCGGACCACGUUAUCUUCCAUUGGCACUCGAUGUUCAGGCGAAAGAGUUAUUCUUUGACCAUUAUAUUUUUGCAGGUCAAAUUAACGGAUCAGGGGGUUGGGAUUUUCUGAGACCAUACCAUCAAUCGGAGAAAGCACCUGUAUAUUUGCAGUUAACGAUAGAUGCUGCCAGUUUGGCGUAUCUUUCACAUCAGUUCGGCUCGCAAAAGGCGCGCUUAAUUGCUUUAGAAAGAUACACGGCUGCUCUUGGAGUCAUGGGUAAAGUAUUGAAAUCACCUGAAGCAUCAAAGGAAAUAACGACACUCUUCGCAGCACUACUUUUGGAUUUGUUCGAGAAGCUGUCAACUACUCAACCUCUUGGAAAUCGAGGGUGGAGUAGCCACUUAAGAGGAGCUCUGGCUAUAUCUGAAAAAUGCGGGGACCAAUUUACUACAUCAAAUUCUGCAAUGCGUGCUCUCACACGAUUGAGUUCAAAUUUGCUCAUCACCUCUCUCGCGGCGGGUACUUCUCUCCCGAGUGGUUUCUUUCGCCUCCGGGGAUACUUCGAAGAGAGUCUUUGCAUCGAGGUUUCUAGAAAUCCCAAAUGGCAAUUGUCACAAAUAAUGGCACAAUAUGUCAAUCUGCAAAGCAAUAUUCGGAAUGGAGAACGCGCUAGGGAAGGUUCUCUUCGAGAAGCAAGAGAAUUGGAUUGCAUCCUUAAGACUUUCUCUGACCGCGAUGUAAGAAUCAAACAAAUAUUCAAGAGCGUACCGUCCAGGAUGGUGUAUGGAAACGCCUACUAUUCAUACCCUGAUAGACAUUCAACCCAAAUCUGGAAUAUUGUAAGACUGGCUCACGUUUUAGUGGUGAACUUUCUCGUAGCAAACGCCACGACUGAGAUGGACCGUUUAGAGUAUCUUACCAAAGUAGAUGAGAUCGCGUCCAACAUUUGUGCUUCUGCUCCACAAUAUCUCGACUGUAUGGGUGUUGUAAAGUCGAUUGGACAAUUAGAAUUACUGCAUCCGGUUGUUCCAUCGCAUAAUUCUUGCACGUCACAUACACCUUCACACAGAUUGGCUUGCUAUACACUUAUAUUCCCACUUUACGUAGCUGGAUUUGUCAGACACUCUAACCCGAGCAUAUGGAAAUGGGCUACUGAAAAACUUCAUCAUAUCGGCAGUCAUUUUGGUAUUCGAAAUGCUGAACUUGUAGCUCAAAUUCUUGAGAAAAGAAGCGAGAGCGAUCCGUGGAAAGUAUAUGCCCUGCUUGGCAGCUAUGCAUUCGGUGCUUGAAGGUAAUUUGAAAAGGCUAAUCUUUCGAAUUCCUCGGUCA